UGAAAGCCAUCUUUGCCACAGCUUUUUACCAAGUAUUUGUUGGCACAAAUAUGGGCAGCCUCCAGGGCUGCAGAAGAGAGCUGCUCAUACUCAUCCAACUUCAUGUGGCCACACAGUCAUAACCUAAAUCUUACGGUUCAUUGGUGGCACCAGAGAACACAAAGCAUCCAGUUCCCCUUGCCUGUAUGAAACUGUGGUCUGGCUUGGUUUCUAACACUUGACCUCCUCACCUGGCAGGGCCUUGGCACGAGUAGCUUCCAGGAGAAGAGCUUGGACCACAGCAGAGGACAACUCCUGAGCCUUGAACUCCUGCGAGGCAGCGACUCAACACAGGACUUCCUGAUCUUUUAUUUGCUCACAGUCAUGGGUACAAGUUUCUCAGCUGAGCUUAGCAAAGAAUGCCAAGAUCUGGAAUCCAGCUUUAAAGAAUAUAUUAAGAACUUCAGGGAGGAAAGAAAAAUCAUCUCUCAGGAAACCAUUCUUUCAAUCAAGUCACGCCUGAGCAGAGGAGACAUUCAAGGCGCACAUUCCAUAAUCAGUGGUAUAUUAGAAAAUAUUGACAAGGUCCCACUCAAUGUCGCUGUGACAGGGGAGUCAGGAUCAGGGAAGUCCAGUUUGGUGAACUCCCUGAGAGGGCUGGGACACGAAGAAGAAGAUGCGGCUCCGGUUGGGGUAGAGGAGACAACCAUAGAGAGAACGCCAUACAAACACCCGAAUUUUCCCAACGUGACAAUUUGGGACUUGCCUGGCAUCGGAACCACUAAUUUCCAGCCGAAAGAUUAUCUGGAGAAAGUCAAGUUUGGUGAGUACGACUUCUUCAUUAUUGUUUCUGCAACACGCUUCAAGAAAAAUGACCUAGACCUGGCCAAAGUUAUAAAAGCUAUGAAGAAGAACUUCUACUUUGUGAGAACCAAGGUGGACUUUGAUUUACAAAAUGAACAGGAAUUUAAACCAACUACCUACGUAAGAGAAAAGGUCAUAGAAGAGAUUCGAAACAAAUCUCUGAAGGAAUUUCAAGAGAAUAACAUUGAACCACAGAUCUUCCUAGUCUCCAACAAAGAUUUGUCUGCGUUUGAUUUCCCAAUCCUGAUGGACACCCUACUAAAGGAUCUCCCUGCUCAGAAGCGCCACAUGUUCACGCUUUCCCUGCCCAAGAUUACGGAGGCAGCCAUUGAUAGAAAGAGGGACUCCCUACAGCAGAUUGUCUGGCUAGAAGCCUUCAAGGCUGGAGUUUUGGCGACCUUUCCUGUGGUGGGCAUCAUAAAGGACAAUGAUGUGGAGAAGCUGAAGGCCUCCCUACAUCAAUAUCAGGUCCACUUUGGAGUGGAUGACGCAUCCCUGCAGAGUCUGGGUAAGGAUUUGCGAGUGCCUGUGGAAGAACUCAAAGCCGCCAUUAAGUCUCCCUAUUUGUUUGACACUGAACAGGACCAAACAAUAGGGGAAAAGCUUUUGGAAUAUUUGGAGAUUUUAAGUUCAGUUGCUUUCACUCCUCUUGCUGCAGGUCUUUACUUUAUGAAAGUCUUCUACCUGCAAUUUCAUUUCCUUGACACAGUGACCAGUGAUGCUAAAGUUCUCCUUAAAAAGUCAUAUUCCAGAAACCAGUUGACUUCCCAAUAGACAAAAAUCAUCUGCAUGUUUGAAAUUCUAAUUUGUAGAAUAAUGUAGCACAGUGGUUGUUGGCAACCCAUCUACUGAGUUUGCUCUUGCUAUCCAGGCAGCAACUCAUACAUAAUGAUUGCAUGUCCCUUUUAGAUGUACCACGGGAAUGGGAUAUUUUUGAAUAUGGUCAGAGAGCUAAAUAUCAUGCAUCCACUUUCAAUGAACCACCACAUCAGAUGAUUUUACCUCCUUUAAUGUAGCUGUGAACUUGACAACCAUUUUCCUUCCUGACAUAAGCUCUUUGAAACCCAGUUGUACCCCAUUCCCUUCAACCUUGUGAUAACAUCCUCUUUCUGCAUGGUUGUUUGUGAUGUAGCCUGACUUUCCUGCAUCUGACUGAUCCAAACUCACAGCUGCUGACGGUGAUAAAGCUUGUUGGUCAACAGCAGAGUCACAUAGGUGAGCUUCCUCUUCUCACCGUCUUAAAGCAGCCAAACCCCAGCUCCCAUGGGAAAGCCCAAGGUAUAGCACCUGUGGUCCUUAUCAAACACUGGCCCCACAGGCCCACUCACUUAUCCUUGGUUCCCGCCCACUAGUAGAGCUCCAUGCUACUGCUGUACUUCCUGUCGAUGUCGUCUCUAGGUUUCUAACCUCUGAUUCCUGGGGAAACUCAGUUUCUUCUGUUUCAUGCAUUUUAGUGUCACCUCCUUGUGUCUCAGCUGACAAACAGGGAAACCUCUGUCUCCAUGCUCCCCCAGUCAGGGCUGUGCUAGAGACAGCCCAUUUUGGUUUAUGCCACUCUUAAGAGCAAAACAGCAAGAAAUCGUAUCACCAUAAAAAUCACAACUUUGAUAAAAUCAUAAGAAAUCUAUUUCAUCGGACUCCUUCUCCAAAAAGUUACUAAAAAAUUUAUAAGUCUGUGCUGAUAGGAGAGAGGAAAUCUCUGACUUAUUAUAGUUUCAUGGCUCUUUAUUGUCAGGAUGGUGAGAAAGUUCUAUAAUCCCCUUGUGAUACCAAUAAUGCUUAAGAAAUGCCUGAUAGAAGAUAUUUGCUGGGGCAGGCACUGUGGCUUAGUAGGUUAAGCCUCUGCCUGUGGUGCUGGCAUACCAUAUAGGCACCGUGUCUUUUCCUAGCUGCUCCUCUUCCAAUGCAGCUCUCUGCUAAUGGCUUGGGAAAGCAGUAGAAGUUGGCCCAAGUGCUUGGACCCCUGCACCCAAGAAGAAGCUUGGAAGAAGCUCUAGCCAUGUGGACAUUUGAGUAGUGAACCAAUGUAUGGAAGAUCUCUCUCUCUGCUUCUCCCUCUCUGUGUCUUUAACGCUGCCUCUAAAGUAAAUAAAUCCUUUAAAAAAUGCCUACUUCUUGUGAGUGGUGUGAAGAGUGAGCAUACAGAAUG